AUGAUUUCUUCAAACACGUUACUUUUCAAUAAAAAACAUUCUGUUUAUUAUAGAGAGAAACAUCAUUCUCUCUCUUUACCUUCACCUCCACCUUCACCUCAUGAAUCAGCAUUGAAAGGAUUAUUUGGAAUCAGUGAAGUGUUGCCUAAAUUUGACGCCAUCAAUAAUACAUUGCUUAACUCACAACAAAAUGAAACGUCAAAUACUUUUUUUCCUUCUAUAAAAUGUUUAUUAGAUACACCAAUCGACCAUUUAGAUAACAGUAGAAAAACAGAGUCGAUAAAUAAAACAACGCCAUCACAUUGUCUUUCUAGAUUUUCAUUAUCAAAUGCUAAGAAUCCUUAUCUUCCCCAAGCCUCCAGCAUAAGUUCAUCUUUAAUAACACCUAAAAUUGAGGAUCCUAUUAACUCUCCAAAAUUUUCAUUCACGCAAUCUCAGCCUACACUUGAACCUAAAUCGUACGAGUUUCUUCCAGAAAAAGAUACAGAAUUUAAAACUCAAGAAUUAAAUGUUCAAAAAUUAAAUACUCAAGAGUUACAUGCAGCUCAAAAGUUAAAUACUCAAGAGUUACAUGCAGCUCAAAAGUUAAAUGCGUUACCAAUUUAUCAGUUAUCAACAAAGAGACAACAACGUCCAAGAAGUAUCCAAACUAAACGUUCAGGUACCUCUGCACCUCAACGCAAACGAAAGGGAAAUAGCCUAGCUAGAGUAAUGGCUGAUCAAGGGCUUUUAGAAUCAGUUUUCAAUACUAAUAUUACUUCAAAUGAUAUAAAGUCAGUUCGAAUACCACCACCACUUCCGAUGCAAUUUGAUGAAUUAAUGUCUAAUAUCAAUGCGCUUGAUCUUGAUACUGAUGCACUAGAAAAGAUAUCACCCGAAAUUUCUUGGAAGGGACAGCCAUUAUCUAUUGCACAUUUACCUCAUUAUAACGCUUUGCACCCUACAGAAGCACGUAUAGUGUCUGUUCUUCGUCUUACUCCAAUACAAUAUCUAACUGGGAAGCAUACGCUCAUUUCAGCAGCUCAUAGAUACGCUCAAAAGGCACUCCCAUUCAAGAAAAGUGAUGCACAAAAGCUACUUCGAAUUGAUGUUAAUAAAGCUAGUAAAUUGUGGGAAUUUUUUCAUCAAGUUCAUUGGAUCUAA